AGACAGCAGAUUGCAGCGUGAUGCUCGGCGUCUGGGUGUGUGUUGUGCUGCUGGUCAGCAAUGCCUCAGGCUCGUUGAGGAGUGCUGUGGUUGGUGGACACGAUGCAGAGCGAGGAAGUUGGCCUUGGAUGGUCUACGUCUACAUAAUGGAAGGACCGAUGACACAGCCGUGUGGGGGUUCUGUGAUCACUGAUCAGUGGGUUCUCACCGCGGGACAUUGCAUCUACGAACCGCCCAAACUGUUGAACCCUGACCCUGAGACCUCCUAUGUGCGUUUGGGAGAGUGGAAGCUUAAGAAGCCCAUUGGAGAAAAGGUCAAGAUACAACGCUUCAUCCUCCACCCUGAUUACAAGUCAGCUGCAGGUAUCAACAACAUGCCGUACAACGAUAUUGCUCUCCUACAGCUAGAGAGCCGCAUCAGUUUCAACAGCUACAUUUCCCCCGUUGCUCUACCUGGACCCCGAGACAACAUUAACCCACACAAGUGCUGGGUCACCGGAUGGGGCAACGUGAAGGAGAAACUUAAGUUGACGGGUGACCGGACUCUGCAGGAGCUGCAGGUUCCUCUGCAAGAUGAUGCCAUCUGCAGGACCAUGUAUCCCAAAGUCACCAAGGGCAUGCUGUGUGCCGGAUACCUAGAGGGGGGCAAGGACGCCUGUCAGGGUGACUCUGGUGGUCCCCUGGUGUGCGAGUCCUUUGGUGUGUUUGUUCAGGUGGGCGUGGUGAGUUUUGGAGAGGGCUGUGCUCGGGCCAACAGGACUGGCGUGUACACACGCGUGGAGCACUACCUCCCCUUCAUCAAGGACACCAUCAACACAUACAGCUCCUUCUAGUGGAUGGACGAAGCUACUGCAGCCAGGACACCACACUGUCCUUUAGCAUCGCCUAGUUGCCAGAAUCUGUUAUUGCAAUCAGGAUAUUCUGAUUUCCUACAGCACCCCUAGUGCCCAAAGAAAGAACAUCUCUUUCACCAUACACCUGUUCCCUCUCUUUCUACCAAAUAAAGACCCUUGCAUCACA